CUUAACGAGGUCUUUCGGGUCCUGUCCACACACACGAGGUGAGGCUCCUCCUUCUCUUCUCGGCUUUUCUCACCAAUUUUUCCUGACUAAAACCAGCCGGUGCCGUAAUUACUAUGGCGGAUUUCGAGGACGGAGCAGAUGAGGUGGCAACCAUCCAAGCACCAGUGGUGGAGGCUCCUGAGCUGCCAGAAAUUAAGCUCUUUGGCAAAUGGUCACUUGAUGAUGUACAGCUUAGUGACAUGUCUCUCCAGGAUUACAUUGCCGUGAAGAAAUAUUAUGCCAAGUACCUGCCCCACUCUGCUGGUCGGUAUGCGGCUAAGCGGUUCCGCAAGGCCCAGUGCCCCAUUGUCGAGCGCCUUACCAACUCCCUGAUGAUGCACGGUCGCAACAAUGGCAAGAAGCUGCUGGCUGUUCGCAUUGUCAAGCACUCUUUUGAGAUCAUCCAUCUUCUGACUGGUGAGAAUCCAGUUCAAGUUGUGGUAAAUGCCAUCAUCAAUUCUGGUCCUCGUGAGGAUUCUACCCGUAUUGGUCGUGCUGGUACUGUAAGGAGGCAGGCUGUGGAUGUCUCUCCUCUCCGACGUGUCAACCAGGCCAUCUGGCUCCUGACAACUGGUGCACGUGAGGCUGCUUUCCGCAACAUCAAGACCAUUGCAGAGUGUCUCGCUGAUGAGUUGAUCAAUGCUGCCAAGGGAUCAUCCAACAGCUAUGCAAUCAAGAAGAAGGAUGAACUUGAACGUGUUGCCAAGUCUAACCGUUAAAGUGGAAAUAAAUAUUGUUCUUUG